CUGCAACACAGCAACAACACGAAAAAGGCCGGGAUUGGCCGAGAUAACCUCUUAUGUACUGUUUGUAGUGGACCCCAUGUGGUUAUCAAAUUAUUAUUUUACUUACACAUAAUUUAAAUACUCCGUCUGAUUUCUAAUCGGACAUAAUGCCGAAAGUUCGCACGCAAAUUACUUCUCGCGUUCAUACAGAAGUAGCGAGACAAGGAAUUUUAUUCAAUAAGGAUAAGGGUCAGCAUAUACUGAAAAAUCCUUUAAUUAUUCAAAGUAUGGUUGAAAAAGCUGCGCUCAGGCCGACCGAUGUCGUACUGGAGAUCGGUCCUGGUACCGGCAAUAUGACUGUAAAAAUGCUUGAGAAAGCAAAGAAAGUAAUAGCGUGCGAAAUUGAUCCAAGAAUGGUAGCAGAAUUACAAAAGCGUGUUCAAGGAGAGAGAACUGCACAUCAAUCGAAAUUACAAAUAGUACUUGGAGAUGUAUUAAAAUCAGAGCUACCUUUUUUCGAUUUGUGCGUUGCUAAUAUCCCAUAUCAGAUAUCAUCACCAUUAGUAUUUAAAUUACUUUCGCAUAAACCACUUUUCAGAUGUGCUAUACUUAUGUUUCAAAGAGAAUUUGCAGAACGCUUGGUAGCUAAACCUGGUGACAAAUUGUAUUGUCGCUUGAGCAUUAACACGCAAUUAUUGGCACGAGUAGAUAUGUUGAUGAAGGUUGGGAAGAAUAACUUUAGACCUCCACCUAAGGUAGAAUCAAACGUAGUGAGAAUCGAGCCGAGGAAUCCACCACCUCCGAUCAAUUACCAAGAAUGGGAUAGUCUGACACGAAUCGGUUUCAUGAGAAAAAAUAAAACGCUAUCUGCAGCUUUCAAGCAAACCACAGUUGUCACUAUGUUAGAGAAAAAUUAUAAAAUUCAUUGUAGUUUGAACAACAAGAUUAUAUCAGAAAAUUUUGAUAUCAAGCAAUUGAUAAAUCAUGUACUAGAAAAAGCUGAUGCUAAGAAUAAACGAGCUAGGACUAUGGACAUAGAUGAUUUUAUCAGCCUUUUACAUGCAUUUAAUGCGGAAGGUGUGCAUUUUACAUAAAUUUACAUAUUGAGAUAUACACUAUUUGUAAACGAAUUUUUAUAAACAAUGUGCAAAUAAAUGUUUGUUAAGGAAAUAAAUUGGUCUAUUUUUUAAGAAGCAUUUGUUUUGGAAUUGUACGUGGUUUUUUCAUUGUUAUAUAAGGCAAUUCUUAUAUGUUUCAGAGAAUAAAACCAAAAAAAAUCAUGCGCAUAUAAAAAAAAAACUGUUCGUGUCGCUUAUUUCUUUUUUACUUCGGACUUUAGAUUCACCCCGUGAAAUAUUGAUAUAUAAUUGAGAAUCAUCCUAUAUAUUUAUAUUUGAUACAUAAAAUAUAUGAAUUACUUAUAGGUAUCAUUUUAUAUGAUUCACAGGCAUGAUAUAAUACUUUUCCUGAUCUAUUUUUCAAUAUAUUUAUACUUGUUAUCUAUAGUUCACAUAUUAUAAACAAUCUUAUACACGUAAAUGUUUGUACAAUACAAAUUCAUAAUAACCUUUACGCACAUUGAUCUUUUUGUUUUAUUGUAGUCUUACAUCUUUCAUCUUUUCAGUUAUAUCUCAGAUAUUAUAAAACAUGAGAUUUUUGCAAAACAGAUUAAAAUUCAGCUCAUCCAUGAAAAAGCAAUAAUUCAAUAAUGAAACAUUUCAUCAUUAUAGCUGCGGUCCGCUUAACACUACAAAUGCUUUGCAGAAUCUCUCUUCUCCUUUCUUUUGGAAUUUAUCUUUAUGAAAAAUAAUUUUAAUACAA